AAAAUUCAGUAAAACAUUCAAAAAUAUUAUAUUGUAUAUCGUUUUGUCAAUUUCACCAUUUCAUUAAAAAUCGAAGAACAUUUUCUUUUUAAAAAAAUGGCAUCAUCUAUUGAAUCACAAUCAUUAACUAAAUUUAAGUGUAAUUUUUGCAACAAUAUUCCAUCCGAAUUGCAAGUUAAUCGAUGUUCUAACGGCCAUAUUGUUUGCUUGCAAUGCCGUAUUCAGCGUGUAUUCUGCAAGUGUUCGUCCGAUACAUUUGUGAAAAUACCAAAUCCAAUCGUGAAAAUUGUCGGAUCAACCAAAAAAGAAUGCAAGUUUAAGAACGCCGGUUGUAAUUGGGUGAUUUCAAAUGACGGUGAAGAUCAUCACGCUGAAUGUAAAUUUCGACCAUACAAUUGUAUUGGUGCUGCAUUGGGUAUUUGGACUUGCGACUGGAUUGGUACUCAACAAGAGUUUGCCGCUCACAUGAAGGAACAUCAUGUAGAAAAUGGCAAUUUCUUCAAACAUUUUACAAACAGUUUCGUUGAUUUUGAACCGGAUAAGGAAUGUGUCAAAUUCAAUCUGAUCAAUGCGUUCAAUAAAUAUUUUGCCUUUUUGUACUUGAGUCAUUUGGACGAUGAAAAUAUUGUAUUCGUGAUUUAUUUGCUGGGUCGAAAGAUCGACGCUCAUAAGUAUGUUAUUGAUUUCGAGCUGAAGGCAAAUAACAGUCUGCGAAAGGUGAAAUUCAUCGAGGAAUGCUUCACCGAUUCGGACGAUAUUUUGAAGGUUAUAAAGGAUCAUCGUUGUUUUGUUGUACCAAAAACAUUAAUGGAGUCUUAUUCAUCGGAUGGCAAAUUGGAAUUUCGAUUUGUAAUCAAACGCAGAGAUGUCAUGGAAGUGGAAAUCGUAAACCAACAUCAAUUAAUGAACAAUUUAUUGCACUAUUAAUUACUAUCGUCACCAAUGACUAUCCUCAUUUCAUUUGAACAAAUUAUUUAUCCAAAAAACUUCAUUCUUUUAUAACUUUAAGACACAAUCCAAUUAGAUAAUAAGAAUACCAAGAUAACCAUUUUGAAGAAAUAACAUUGUCAAAAAACAAAAAUAAAAACACCUGUCAAAUCGUCGAAAUAAAAA